AUGAUGCAAAAAGUGAAACCUCUUGAUGAGGAGCCAACACAACAACCGUCUACAUCAAAGGAAUUACAGGCAAAGCACGGAUUUUUUCGACGAAAAUGGAGAAAGGCUCGAUCAGAGAUGAUUAAUGCUUUCCUUGCGAGAUAUAGACGUUGUGUCUUCUCGCUAAAGAAAUGUCUCCGCGAAAAUUCCGAAGCCGAUUAUCAAAGAAGGAGAAGUCAAGCAAAGUUGACUCCAUUACCGGAUAAGAAGAUUCGCCGAGUGACAACAAAUCUGAAAAGAACGCCGACAAAUGAAUUGGAGAAGUUGAGGAAAAAAGGCGAUGAUUGGACGGCGAAUGAUUUGUUUCGAUUUCAGUACAGCGAUCCGGAGGAAGGAACACCCGAAGAAAGACGAAUUCUCUGUUUGGAAUGGUUGGAUCGAUUACAGAAAAUACAGAAGAAAUUCUGUUAUUUGGCAUGGUUUGCUUCUGCAAUUCAUGCUUGCUAUUAUCGAUUGGCUCCGUUAUUGAAAGAUGUUGAUGAAAGGAAAAAAUAUUGGGAAGAGGUAAAACGUGAGUACGCUGAGAUCUUUUUGAUGGGAAGACGAAUUUGGAGAAGGCCAACACAUCCAUCAAGAUUGAGAGUAUUUUAUGAUCUCGCUAUGUUGUGCACAAGAUUUGGGGAAGUUCCGCAUGAUAGGACAAUUGUCUGUUUUCGUGAUCUUCUCUCUGAUCACGACAAUUUUGACUUCAAAGUUCUCUCCGAAGUGCAAUACGCAAACUCAAUCGACAAGGUUGUCCGAUUAGAAAAUCAUGUAAUCGAUCAAUUUUAUUCGAGAAGAAGAAGCACGGGAAGUAGAUGUAGUAGUGCGAGAUCGAGAAGUUUUCGAAGCGAUGCAUCUCCAAAUCGUGAUGGAUCCGAUCGAGAAUCGAGAAGAACUUCGGAAUGUAUAGAAUCAUUCAAGGAAUCUCACAUGAAAGAGGCUCGUGAUCGAGUGAGAGCAAGAUCAAACCAAAUGAAUCGAGAUAUGAAACAAUCCGAAGAAGAAUUAUUGGAGAUUGUCGAUCAUAAAGAACAAGAGGAUUUGAGCCGAGAGACUCUUCCCGAUGAAUUUGUAAUGUUAUCACUUGAUCCAUUACAAGAAGAAUCCGAAUCAUCGGAAGCACAAAAAGUGGCAGAACAGAAUGAGAAUCAAAGAAAAGAAAGACCAAAAAGCAUUCUUGUACCGACAAUUAUUGUUGAAGGACCUGAAGGAUAUUAUCUCACAAGGAGGGGAUCAAGCAGAAGAAAUUCGCAAACUUCUCGACCGGCCUCUCCAAAGCAAAUUGUUCGUUUUGAAGGAGCUUCA